AUAGCUUCUUAGUUCAAUUGAGUGCGUUGUUUGUUCAGCGUCUGAACCUUUUUCUGGUGAUACAAGAUCUUGUCAAAGUAAGCCACACCAAAAACCAACCCAUCAUGUCUCUUCCAUACGCGCCACGCUUCGCCUACUACGACGGCAAGCUCCAGUCCGGCAGCUCGACCUCGUCCUUCCAGACCAUCGACCCGGCCACCGCAGAGCCCAUUGCCAAAAUCCACACCACAACAAACGGUGCCAUCGACGCCGCAAUUGCUUCAGCACAGAAGGCCUUCCCAGCAUGGUCGGCCACACCCCCCAUCGAGCGCGCGCGAGUUCUACAGCGAGCAGCAGCCAUCCUCCGCUCACGGAACGACGAGCUUGCCAGAAUCGAGACGAGCGAUACAGGAAAGCCCUUCUCGGAGACAUCGACAGUAGACGUAGUCACAGGCGCUGAUGUGCUGGAAUACUUCGCCAACAUGGUCGGUAGUGGUGGCAUGAACGGCGAGACAAUACAGCUGCGACCAGACGCAUGGGUCUACGCCACCAAGAACUCGCUCGGCGUGUGCGCUGGCAUUGGUGCAUGGAACUACCCCAUCCAGAUCGCGCUCUGGAAGUCAGCGCCGUGCCUGGCUGCAGGAAACUGCAUGGUCUACAAGCCAUCCGAGUUCACACCACUACACGCUCAGGUGCUGGCAUCCAUCUACGCAGAAGCUGGCGUCCCACCAGGCGUCUUCAACGUCGUCCAGGGUGGCGGCGAGGUCGGCGCAUACCUCACCAAGCACCCCGGCAUCGCAAAGGUCAGCUUCACCGGCCAAGUCUCGACAGGCCGCAAGGUCGCUGGCAGCGCUGCAGGCGAGAUGAAGUACGUAACUAUGGAGCUGGGUGGCAAGUCCGCCUGCGUGAUCCUUCCGGACGCCGAUCUCGAACAAGCUGUCGACGGCGCCAUGAUGGCCAACUUCUUCUCCACAGGCCAGGUCUGCACAAACGGCACACGAGUCUUCAUCCCCGAAGCCAUCAAAGCCAACUUCGAGAAGCUCCUCUUGGAGAAGAUCAAGCACAUCCGCGCCGGCGACCUACACGACCCUAACACCAACUUCGGGCCCCUGGUUUCGAAACCGCACUACGAGAAGGUCAAGCAGUAUAUCAAACACGGCAUUGAAAACGACAAGGCAACACUCCUGUGCGGCGGUGUAGAGACCCCUUCAUGGCUCGCCAGCCAUUCAAAUAAGGCUUACCAGAACGGAUACUGGGUCCAGCCCACCGUCUUCACAGACUGCAACGACAACAUGAAGAUCGUAAAAGAAGAAAUCUUCGGCCCUGUAAUGUCGAUCCUGACAUACAAGACCGUAGAUGAAGUCGUCGCACGCGCCAACAAUACGGACGUAGGACUCGCGGCGGGUGUCUUCACAAAGGACUUGAACCUUGCACAUCAGGUGAUUGCGAAGCUCGAGGCGGGUAUCACAUGGGUCAAUACAUGGGGCGAGAGCCCGGCGGAGAUGAGUGUUGGUGGAUGGAAGAUGAGCGGUGUGGGCGUCGAGAACGGAACGAAGGGGCUUGAGGCAUGGGUAAGGAACAAGAGCACGCUUGUUGAAAUGGGUGGUGUCGUACCGACUGUAUUUGCGAAGUUGUAAGUGCCACGAACGACAAUGAAAUAUUGUCACAGUAAGCUUUGACUGAGUUGCACUAUCGAAGUGUAAAGUGUUUGUAUUAGAAAUACUCUAUGGGUAUCAUCAAUCGUUACUCAUCC